AUGCUGAAAACAAGCACCACAUCGAACGAUAACGGCACAAACAAGGUUAGCGAAUGUAAUGUUGUCGAUGAAUCACCGUCUCAACGUCAACGCGAAGGUCAGCAACCACCAGUACCACCAACCGAACAAAGCACGGGCGACGAAAUAUGUUACGAUCUGGCCCACUUUCGUACGGUGCGCGUGCUGAACAAUAACAGUACGCACAAGUGUGUCGCCCUGCUUGGGCAUUUCAGCAAUCUUUCGCCAGACAAGCAGGCCGUCGUCGUGCUCGAGAAGCGGGCCUUUACCGAGGCCGAGAUUACGACCGUGCCAGCUAGCAGCACUCCAACGCAGCGUGAAGAAAACGUAAGCAGUGAAAGUGAAUCCGUGCUUAGUAACGUGGGCGAGAAAACCGAACCAUCUGGUAACGGGCGGACGUUUUUCACGACGUCAUCACGUUUGCACAAGGAGUUCAUUAAUGAUGUGUAUGGGAACUUCCUUGCCACGGUGGAUCCCGAGUUAAAUCGUAUAAAAGUGUCCAUCAUCUAUCCUGCUUGCGAGAAACAUAUCGUCAAACAUUGUGCGCAACUUCGGUACAUGGUCGACGAGACGAUCGAGCAGUACAAGAGUAUUACAUUACCACAUCUGGAACGAGAGCAGCUUAGCCUAGAGUGGCUUUACAACGUACUUGAACAUCGCAAAGAGAAGGAACGUAUCCUGUACGAGGAUCCUUGCGACGAAAACGGAUUCAUCCUGCUGCCCGAUCUAAAAUGGGACGGUAAAACGGUCGAACAGCUGUACCUGUUGGCCUUGGUUCGUCGCCGCGACAUUCGCUCGCUUCGCGAUCUAACUCCGGCCCAUUUGCCACUUCUACGCAACGUACAGUCGCGUGGAAUUGCCGCCAUUGAGAAACGGUACGGCAUCGGUGCGUCGCAGCUGCGCAUCUAUCUACACUACCAGCCCACAUUCUACCACUUGCAUAUGCACUUCACCUAUCUGCGGUACGAUCCACCGGGCACGGGCUGUGAAAAGGCGCAUCUCUUAUCAACAGUGAUCAACAACAUUGAGCUGGUGAGUGAUUAUUAUCAGCGAGCAACGCUCUCCUAUUCGCUGAAGGAAACUGACAAGCUGUACGCAAAGUUUCUUGCUGCUGCAAUCGAAGAGACCGCGGUAAAGCGCGCCAAAACGAAUCUUGAUCCUUCUCAAUAA